CGUCGCGCGCGCGAGACAUACCGUCGUCGGUCGGUGCGCCGUGUGACAGCUUUCGCGCGCGGUCCUCUCUCCGUGCGAGUUCGAUCGUCGUCGUCGUCAACAACAACUCGGGGAAUCGCGGCAGCCGAGUGUCGCCGAGAGGAGACGCAGAACCGCGAUCUUGAAGGUCUCUCUCUUUCUCGAGGAGAGGCCGGCGUCCCUGACGACGAGCUUCUCGCGUGUAGCUCAUCAUCCGGACAUCGUCGAUUGAUCGUCGAUCAGCAGCAGCAGCAACAGCAGCAUCACCAUGGCGGACGACGACACGUGCGAGGACUCCCUCGGGACCGGCGACAACAACACCUACUUCGCCAAGAAGCUGCGGGGCCGGAAGGGAGCCCUGAAGAAGAAAAAUGUCUACAUGGUCAAAGAUCACAGCUUCAUGCCAAGGUUCUUCAAGCAGCCCACCUUCUGCAGCCACUGCAAGGACUUCAUAUGGGGCUUCGGGAAACAGGGAUAUCAGUGCCAAGUAUGUAGUUUCGUCGUUCACAAGCGAUGUCACGAAUACGUGACCUUCACGUGUCCUGGAGCUGACAAAGGAGCCGACUCGGACGACACGCGGACGAAGCACCAUUUCAAGCAACACACCUACAACAGCCCCACCUUCUGUGACCACUGCGGUAGUCUUCUCUAUGGUGUCAUCCACCAGGGCAUGAAGUGCCAAGCAUGCGACAUGAACGUACACAAGAGGUGCGAGGAGAGCGUGCCGAAUUUAUGCGGAUGCGAUCACACCGAAAGACGUGGUCGUAUACACCUGCACAUCACGUGUUCCGGUAGCAAGCUCAGCAUAGAGGUGCGAGAAGGACGAAAUCUUAUUCCGAUGGAUCCGAACGGGCUAUCGGAUCCUUACGUUAAGCUGAAGUUAAUCCCGGACUCGGACAACGUGAAGAAGAAAACAAAGACAAUCAAGUCGAACUUAAAUCCAGAAUGGAACGAGACAAUCAGCUUCGACAUGAAACCGGAGGAUAAAGAUAGGCGGCUGUUAAUCGAGGUAUGGGAUUGGGAUCGAACGUCCAGGAACGAUUUUAUGGGAUCCCUAUCUUUUGGCAUAUCGGAACUUAUCAAAGCGCCUGCGAGUGGUUGGUUCAAGCUCCUAACUCAAGAGGAGGGUGAGUUCUACAAUGUACCUGUUCCUGAGGAAGGCGUCGACCUCGCCGAGCUUAAAACCAAAAUGCGGAAAACUUCGGUGACGAAGAAGACACAUGCAACCCAGGAUAAAGAUGUUCCGCACAAUAUGGGCAAGAGCGAUCUGAUACGAGCCAGCGACUUUAAUUUCUUAAUGGUACUCGGCAAAGGCAGCUUUGGCAAGGUCUUGCUGGCGGAGAGAAAGGGAACCGACGAGCUGUACGCCAUCAAAAUUUUGAAGAAGGACAUCAUUAUUCAGGACGACGAUGUGGAAUGUACGAUGGUGGAGAAACGUGUACUCGCGCUCUCGAGUAAACCACCCUUCCUCGUGCAAUUGCAUUCUUGCUUUCAAACAAUGGAUCGACUAUACUUCGUAAUGGAAUACGUGAACGGCGGCGAUCUGAUGUACCAAAUACAGCAGUGUGGCAAAUUUAAAGAACCGGUGGCAGUAUUCUACUCGUCUGAGAUAGCGAUCGGCUUGUUCUACUUGCACUCGCGCGGCAUCGUCUACCGUGAUCUCAAGCUCGACAACGUUUUGCUGGAUCAGGACGGCCACAUAAAAAUUGCCGACUUUGGCAUGUGCAAGGAAGGCAUCUCCGGCGAUAAAACUACCAAGACCUUUUGCGGCACGCCCGAUUACAUAGCACCGGAGAUUAUCCUAUAUCAACCUUAUGGUAAAUCCGUGGAUUGGUGGGCUUACGGUGUAUUGCUCUACGAAAUGCUAGUGGGUCAGCCACCGUUCGAUGGCGAGGACGAGGACGAACUUUUCUCCGCUAUUACGGACCAUAAUGUCAGUUAUCCGAAGAGUCUAUCCAAAGAGGCCAAAGAAGUUUGUAAAGCGUUUCUAACAAAGAACCCAAGCAAGAGAUUAGGAUGUGGAGUGCGCGGCGAGGAUGACGUGCGGAGCCACGCAUUCUUCCGGCGUAUCGACUGGGAAAAGAUAGAGAAUCGCGAGGUGCAGCCACCGUUCAAGCCAAAGAUUCAACAUCGUAAAGACGUGAGUAACUUCGACAAGCAAUUCACCUCGGAGAAGGUAGAACUAACUCCCACGGAUAAGCUGUUCAUGAUGAACUUGGACCAGACGGAAUUUAUGGGUUUCUCGUAUCUCAAUCCAGAGUUUGUGCAACACAUUUAAGCGGAAUAUUUUAUCUCAGGCUCGUAUCUAUCCUUCACACUUCAUUCCUCGUCGUUCAUCUUUCUCUUUGUCUCACUCAGGGCUCUCUCAUCCCCCUAUCUUGCUCUCUAUCGUUUUCUCUUUCUUUCUCU